CUGAAGCUGAAUGUACAUUAGAAUGCAGAAAUGAAAAGUCUUUAGAAAUCUUUUAGCGCACCUUGUUGUUAAUAGACAGUUUGUGAUAUUGAACUGUAAAGCUGUAUUUUAUUUGUUGUAGGUCGCGUUUCUCCCUAAUACUAGAUUGCUUUGGCUACAAUGUCCCGUCAUGAAGGUGUUAGUUGCGAUUCAUGCUUAAAAGGAAAUUUUCGUGGACGGAGAUACAAAUGUCUGAUCUGCUAUGAUUAUGACCUGUGUUCGACGUGUUAUGAGGCAGGAGCCACAACUACGAGACAUACGCCCGAUCAUCCAGUACAGUGUAUUCUGACAAGAACAGAUUUCGAUAUUUACUAUGGGGUAGAAGUAUUGACCCCGGAGCAAACCCAGUCUUUCACGUGUCCAUUUUGUAGUAAAAUGGGAUACACAGAAACAACAUUGCAUGAUCAUGUGACUGCUGAACAUGCAGAAACGUCUGUAGAAGUGGUGUGUCCAGUGUGUGCCUCUCUGCCUGGAGGUGACCCAAACCUUGUUACUGAUGACUUCGCAUCACAUCUGACACUCGAGCAUCGUACUCCUAGAGAUUUCGACGAACCAUCAGGUAUGAGACAUGUGCGGCGUAUACCUCAUUCUGGUCGUGGUGUCAGUGGAUCCCGCACACGGAGAGCCAACAUGCAUUUUGCAUCCACAGGAACUACGCUGACUGGCCUGUCACCUAGUGGCAGAGAAACCAUGGAUCCUAUUGCAGAACUCCUGUCCCAGCUGUCGAGUGUGAGAAGCCGAGCCGCAGCUGCACAGAGCGUGUCGUCACAGCUACAGCAGUUGGAGAUGCAGCUGCAGUCUACAAGGUCAAUACAACAAUUAGAAAGACUACCCCGACGACAAGCAGAAUCUGCCAAGACUGCUGUGACAGCAAAUAACCAAAAUGCUAACACAGAUUCAGCUAACAGUAAAAACAACUCCAUGUUUUUGUUAGUCAAGUGCAGUGAUGAGGCAUCUGAGACGGAACAGCACAGCAUAGACGUGAAUCCGAAGGAGAGGAGCAUCUUUGUACAGGAACUGCUGCUGUCAUCACUGACGGAUCAACUACAGCUGCAGGCUGACGCAGAGGACCCGUCCUCCCUUCUCGAGGCGUUGAAGUCACCUAGUACCGACAAAGAAACGGGAGACUCUAAACCUAGCGUCGAUAGAAAGAUGCUAGAAAACACACAAAGCAAACCCGUGAUGCCGUCUUCAUCAGCAGUACCAAAGACUGCUGAAAGAGCCAACGUGUCACCCGCGUCGAGCCCACGGGCGUUGCCCACAGGCGGUCAGGCACCCAAGCAGAGUACCCCUGUGCCCCAGGCCAUGAAUACCAGGCAGGUUUUCAAUGCAGUUCCCGUGAGCAGUAUUCCUGUUUCCUCUAAUAAUAGCAUUGCUGCCGCCAGUAGUGUACUGCAGGUUCCGUCAAGAAAUGCGUCGGGUCACACUCGUGACCGUGAUAGAGAUCCGAGGAUGAACCCAGCAGCAGCCAAACGGAACCUGCUCAAGCACAUGCCUGCACCCCGAACAUCGGAUACAGAGCCUCCACCCCAUUAACACUGGCAUUUCUACCAUGGGCAGUGCUUCAUACAGAAUGUGAUUUUUUUUUUUUUUUUUUCCCCGUUUUUUUUUAUUAUUACACACACUGGAGGUGUCUGAUUAAUAUGGUUAUUUAUUGCUUUAAAUAAGCAACCUUGCUUGCUACUUUGCACUUUAUGACAGAUAGAGAAUUUUAAUUGGCAUAUUCAGAAGACUUGGCUGUAAUGAAAUAUUGCCAUAUUUGUUAUGAUGCCUUUAGUACAGAACCUGUGUUGAACUAUGUGAAAUCUGUGGACCUUGUAAUUAUACAAUGAGACCUGUGAUACAUAUAUACACUUUUCUUCAGUUAGCUGUUUCAAGUGUUUCUGGAUUUUAUGGAUUUCACCGAGCAACACUGGGGCUUUUUGUCACAUCUCAAUAUCUGUAUAACGUGUGUGUUUCAGUUUAUAAUUAUACUGUAUGAAUUUUUAUUUUUAUUAGGAGGUAGCAUGAGUAAUGUGUAUGACCUUCGGAAAAAAAGUGUUGCUGUUGUAUACUUCAUCAACUAGUGUAUUGGUGGGUAAGGUCUGUUUAUUAGGUUUACAGCGGUCAAGAAAAUAUAAAUACGACGGGAGCUCUAGUGCUUGUAACACUGAUAUGGUUUCGGAACUCAUACGCAUGGAGCCAGUGAUAAUCGUUAUGCUAAUCCAUUGUAACAAUAAGUGACCCAUUAACAUAUUCUUUCUGCAUUUUAUUUUCCCUUAAUUUGUCGGAUGUGACAAUUACAACCUUGUCUUAUUAUAUAAGGUCAGGAUAGCGGUAUACAUUGACAUUGAUCGGUAGUAGGGAUUGAACUCAAAAGUGCUUGUGUUUAUUAUGUCUGAAUUCUUAUGACUCUUUCCAACAGCAAAAUUGUUAACUGCAUGUACCAAAUUGAAUUUGCAAGAUCAAAGUAGAGACUUAUUCUUAAUAUAUACCUAUAUUGCCCCCUAAAAGCUGGCUUUCUUCUUGCAAGAAAAUAUGUACAUGCACAUGGCAAAUGCUCGACAAUAUAACUAACAAAUGGAGAAAUAUUUUGUACCUUCAAAAUGGCAUUUUUGUUAAUAUGGGUGCAAUUUAUUAUAAUAACUUGUUUGGAGAAGUCAUACAUAAUCAUAUUUGCCUUAUGUUGGUCUGGGUUAAUAUAGUUUUGUAAACCCAUGAGGUAAAAUUUUAAGAUGACUCUCUUUGUAACGACAUUUACCAGCCAGUUUUUUAGUGGACAUUUUUGGGGGUGUUCUUUUUCUUUUUUCAUUAACUAUAUCACUGUAGUUGCUUUUCUGUCUUAAUGUGUAAUAUGACUGUUGGUAUAUUGUCAUGUCACGUGCCUAGACCUUGACGCAAAUGAACUUAUGGGGGGAGAUUAAUUGCCAUUUUGAGCAUCGAUAGUACUUUUUAAAAAUUAUUAUUCACAUGCUAAGGGUAGAUAAUAAUUACUCUCCUUGAACUAAUCUCAAGGGAGUGAUGGUUAGCAGAAGUGAUAGCUCCCUUAAAUGUCAGGCCUGGUGCCCAGCCUGUUCAUGGUUAGUGUCUGAUACAUGUUCUGUGUACUGAACCUAUAACCUGAACACAUGGAACAUGAUCGGCAGACACUGACAUUGUCAUCUUUGCAUAAUUUCCAUGAUAAUUUUGUUAAGUGCUACACUAAAAAGGUUUGUCGUUUACCACCAUAAUUUUUGGUUUAAAAAUGUGUUAAAUUGGUUUCAUAUAAAUAAACUGCAGUCAUUCUUAGUCUUUGAUUAACAAUAGGUUUUGAGUUCAUGAUGGCAGCUAGAUAGGUAUAGAAACCAAUCGGGCUAAAACUUCAGUUCUAUCUGGUAAAGACUGGAACCAGUUUAUACUUAGGAGAGCCAUGGUUAUUCGAAAGACUUGAGUUAACGUCGUAGUUUUGCAAACCAAUGCAAAAAGAUGAACAACAUUCAUCACAGCAGUUAAAAAUUACUAUUUCGGUUUUCAUGAAGAUAAAAAUUAUGAUUGGGUAACCUAAAUGGUAAAAGGGACUUGAAUGGACAGAGCAUCGUCGGAGAUUUAUUUUGGUUUUGUAGAACUUUCAUUUUAUUACUUUCUUGUUCAUUACAGAAAAAAGCUUGUUAUUAGUAUCAGCCACAAACUACUUUAUAUUAUUAACCCAGAUAAAUAGGUAAAAAGGCAAAUGAUUACAUAUAUUCACAUCACGUUUAUUGUAUUAUAUGUACUUUGGAGCCCUUGUUAUCUUUCAGACCCAACUCGAUAUAAAUUGACUUGUUUUAAACAUCUAGAGUGGCAAACUGCACAUAACACCGAGAUAAUUGUUGUUGAAUAUGAAAUUAAAUCUAACAGCCCAGUGAGAUAUGCUUGUAAGGUGGGUAGGAUGAGUGGUCAUUUAGACACGAUUCAAGGUCACUUCAAAGGUGGAUUCAGAUGCUUAUCUUUCUGUCAAUAUUAAGAAAUAGUCAUAAAUUAUACAACAGUGGCAAGUAAUUUGUUAGUGAAAGUACACAACACUAACUCCGAAGAUUAUAAUAAAUACAAGUUUAAUUUACCACUAUUUAUCAUUCAGUUUGUUACAGAUUCCAUUUACACAGAUUUGUAUAUGUAGCAAAAUGGCGGGGUUUCUUUUUUGGAAAAUGUUGACGCAUAACAAAAUAGUUGGGCAACAUCAUACAAGCCAAAAUUUUGUUUUCUACAUUAUUGAGUCUAAUGUUUCAAAUGAUAAAACUAUUGCAAGCUAUUUACAGAAAUGUUAAUGUUUGCUGAUGACCUUAUAUGUAAUUGUACCCACUGGACACUUCACAGAGGUCUGUUCAAAGCAGAAUGAAAGAUGCGUGUUUGUACCAUGUUCAAGAUGAAAUAAAAAAUCUGAAAUAUGUAUAUAUAAAACAA